CGCCCGGGAGCUUUCCCCGGUCCCCGGCGCCGCCUCCUUCCCUCCCGGCUCCCCGCUCCCGCGGCCGCCGCCGCCCCAGGGAAGGAGAGACGGGGGUGGGGUUUGGGGGAAGCGAGAGAGGAGGGAGAGACCCUGGCUGGGCUGGAGCCCGGAUUCGAGGGGAGGAGGAACGGGAGGAGGGGAAAGGUGGAGGAGAAAGGAAGGGGGAGCGGGGAGGAGCGGCCGGGCCUGGGGCCUUGAGGCCCGGGAGAGCCGGGGAGCUGGGCCGGCGCGCCGAGAUGCUGCUGUUGCUGCUGCUGCUGCUGCUGGCGCCGCUCUUCCUCCGCCCCCCGGGCGCGGGCGGGGCGCAGACCCCCAACGCCACCUCAGAAGGUUGCCAGAUCAUACACCCGCCCUGGGAAGGGGGCAUCAGGUACAGGGGCCUGACUCGAGACCAGGUGAAGGCUAUCAACUUCCUGCCAGUGGACUAUGAGAUUGAGUAUGUGUGCCGGGGUGAGCGCGAAGUGGUGGGGCCCAAGGUCCGAAAGUGCCUCGCUAAUGGCUCCUGGACAGAUAUGGACACACCCAGCCGCUGUGUCCGAAUCUGCUCCAAGUCUUAUUUGACCCUGGAAAAUGGGAAGGUUUUCCUGACGGGUGGGGACCUCCCAGCUCUGGACGGAGCCCGGGUGGAUUUCCGGUGUGACCCCGACUUCCAUCUGGUGGGCAGCUCCCGGAGCAUCUGUAGUCAGGGCCAGUGGAGCACCCCCAAGCCCCACUGCCAGGUGAAUCGAACGCCACACUCAGAACGGCGCGCAGUGUACAUCGGGGCGCUGUUUCCCAUGAGCGGGGGCUGGCCAGGGGGCCAGGCCUGCCAGCCCGCGGUGGAGAUGGCGCUGGAGGACGUGAAUAGCCGCAGGGACAUCCUGCCGGACUAUGAACUCAAGCUCAUCCACCACGACAGCAAGUGUGACCCAGGCCAAGCCACCAAGUACCUGUAUGAGCUGCUCUACAAUGACCCCAUCAAGAUCAUCCUCAUGCCUGGCUGCAGCUCCGUCUCCACGCUUGUGGCUGAGGCUGCCAGGAUGUGGAACCUCAUUGUGCUUUCCUAUGGCUCCAGCUCACCGGCCCUGUCAAACCGGCAGCGAUUUCCUACAUUCUUUCGGACCCAUCCUUCAGCCACACUCCACAAUCCUACCCGUGUGAAACUCUUUGAAAAGUGGGGCUGGAAGAAGAUCGCCACCAUCCAGCAGACCACUGAGGUCUUCACUUCGACUCUGGACGACCUAGAGGAACGAGUGAAGGAGGCUGGAAUCGAGAUUACUUUCCGUCAGAGUUUCUUCUCAGAUCCAGCAGUGCCUGUCAAAAACCUUAAGCGCCAGGACGCCCGAAUCAUCGUGGGACUUUUCUAUGAGACUGAAGCCCGGAAAGUUUUCUGUGAGGUGUACAAGGAGCGGCUCUUCGGGAAGAAGUAUGUCUGGUUCCUCAUUGGGUGGUAUGCCGACAAUUGGUUUAAGAUCUAUGACCCGUCCAUCAACUGCACAGUGGACGAGAUGACCGAGGCGGUGGAGGGCCACAUCACCACUGAGAUUGUUAUGCUGAACCCUGCCAACACCCGCAGCAUUUCUAACAUGACAUCCCAGGAGUUUGUGGAGAAGCUGACCAAGCGACUAAAAAGACACCCUGAGGAGACAGGUGGCUUCCAGGAGGCACCCCUGGCCUAUGAUGCCAUCUGGGCCUUGGCAUUGGCCCUGAACAAGACAUCUGGAGGGGGCAGCCGUUCGGGUGUGCGCCUGGAAGACUUCAACUACAACAACCAGACCAUUACUGACCAAAUCUACCGGGCAAUGAACUCCUCAUCCUUUGAGGGUGUCUCCGGCCAUGUGGUGUUUGAUGCCAGCGGCUCUCGGAUGGCAUGGACACUGAUCGAGCAGCUACAGGAUCUUCUUUGUAACCAGGACAAGAGAAAUGGACUUCAGCCAUGGUUAAAGGGGUGUGGCAGCUACAAGAAGAUUGGCUACUAUGACAGCACCAAGGAUGAUCUCUCCUGGUCCAAAACAGAUAAGUGGAUUGGAGGGUCCCCCCCAGCUGACCAGACCCUGGUCAUCAAGACGUUCCGCUUCCUGUCACAGAAACUCUUUAUCUCCGUCUCGGUUCUCUCCAGCCUGGGCAUUGUCCUAGCUGUUGUCUGUCUGUCCUUUAACAUCUACAACUCCCAUGUCCGUUACAUCCAGAACUCACAGCCCAACCUGAAUAACCUGACUGCUGUGGGCUGCUCGCUGGCGUUAGCUGCCGUCUUCCCCCUGGGGCUGGAUGGGUACCACAUCGGGAGAAACCAGUUCCCCUUCGUCUGCCAGGCCCGCCUCUGGCUCCUGGGUCUGGGCUUUAGUCUGGGCUACGGCUCCAUGUUCACCAAGAUCUGGUGGGUCCACACGGUCUUCACAAAGAAGGAGGAAAAGAAGGAGUGGAGGAAGACCCUGGAGCCCUGGAAGCUGUAUGCCACAGUGGGCCUGCUGGUGGGCAUGGAUGUCCUCACUCUUGCCAUCUGGCAGAUUGUGGACCCCUUGCACCGGACCAUUGAGACUUUUGCCAAGGAGGAACCGAAGGAAGAUAUUGACGUGUCGAUUCUGCCCCAGCUGGAGCACUGCAGCUCCAGGAAGAUGAACACGUGGCUUGGCAUUUUCUAUGGUUACAAGGGGCUGCUGCUGCUACUGGGUAUCUUUCUUGCUUAUGAGACCAAGAGUGUGUCCACUGAGAAGAUCAAUGACCACCGGGCUGUGGGCAUGGCCAUCUACAAUGUGGCGGUCCUGUGCCUCAUCACUGCACCCGUCACCAUGAUCCUGUCCAGCCAGCAGGAUGCGGCCUUUGCCUUUGCCUCUCUUGCUAUAGUUUUCUCCUCCUAUAUCACUCUGGUUGUGCUGUUUGUGCCCAAGAUGCGCAGGCUGAUCACCCGAGGCGAAUGGCAGUCAGAGGCACAGGACACCAUGAAGACAGGGUCAUCUACCAACAACAACGAGGAGGAGAAAUCCCGGCUGUUGGAGAAGGAGAACCGCGAACUGGAGAAGAUCAUUGCUGAGAAAGAGGAGCGUGUCUCUGAACUGCGCCAUCAGCUCCAGUCUCGGCAGCAGCUCCGCUCGCGGCGCCACCCUCCGACACCCCCAGACCCCUCCGGGGGCCUGCCCAGGGGGCCUGCUGAGCCCCCCGACCGGCUUAGCUGUGAUGGGAGUCGAGUCCAUUUGCUUUACAAGUGAGGGGGUGUGAGGGAGGACAGGCAAGGAGGGGAAGGGAAGGGAAGGAGGGGAAGGGGGAGCUUGGGAGGAAGCAGGGGAUCCCUAUCCCGAGAUGGGAAGAACAUGCUACCCUAUCCCAUCUCUUGUAAAUACGGGCCCCCCCUGUGAGUCUGGGGUUAUCUGGGUCUCUGAUACUCUGGAAACCAGACCCUUUUCUCUCUUAUUUGUUCAUACAAUUUUAUAUCACUACUUCAUACUCUAGUUUGUACCUCGCUUGAAGCUUCUCACUCACUGGCUCCUCAGCAGCCUCACCACAUACACCUUUCCCUUCUCUACAACACCCUCUGUCUUGUUGCCAUGGCAACCCUGCAGCUCCCUUGCUUUUGUGCUCUACUCCCAUCCAGCAGGGGUCUCCCCACAGUGCCCUUUCCGCCCCAACAGGGGCCUCUCCAUUUCUCUCACCAUGGUAAUCUCCUUCCAUCCACAAAUUUUGCCCCUUCUGAAUUUUGCUUCUUCGGGGCACUCAUUCUUGCCAAGGCUCACAUGCUCCUUGCCUCUGCUCUGUGUGUGCUCAUGCUGCCCAACACAUAUGUAUCUUCCCCUCCCCUCUUUGUUCCAACUGGACAUGCUCAUGUGCACGCAUGCUUCUCACAUGUGCUUUCUUCCCCCUUCCUGUGGUCACAUGUGCUCCUCUGUAUUCCCUUCACUCAUAGCUAUGCGUGCCCUUCUUGUGGUCAUGGGUGUGCCCUUCUGAGUGUGUGGGUAGGCGUGUGCCAUUUGUCUGGCAUGCUGAGUUGUGUCUUCCUUACUUGCAUACAUCCACAUUUACCCACACAUUUUCCCUGUGUGUACUCAUGGCACCUUGUGUAUCCUUGCCCUUUGCACCUUAAAAUCGUUGUAUUCUUCCAACAGAGUAUGCACCCACCCUACACAUUGUUAUGCACUUUCCCCCAAUUCAUGUUAGUGGGGCCAUCCACACCCUCUCCUCAUCACACUCGGUUUCUGCUCAAACUUGCCCCCGUCUCCUUUGCGCUCAUGUACCACCCUCAGUCCACACUCACAAUCUUCCUCUCCCAAAAUUGCUCCCUUUGGCUUUGUGUUUAUCUGGGAGGAUGAUUAAGGGAGAAGAAAUGGGAGCAGGUUUGGAGAGCUGCUUCCAGUGGAUAGUUGGUGAGAAUCCUGACCAAAGGAAGGCACCCCUCAUUGCUGAGAUGGACAGAUGGACCUAUGGAGCGGGAGGUGGCAUCCCUUUCACACUGUGGUGUCUCUUGGGAAAGGAUCGCCCCAAAUCUCAAUAAAGCAGUGAACAAUGUGACUCAG